AUAGAGAGCCAGUGAGUUCAAGCAGGGUGGAGAGAAGGAGGAAAUUCUUGACAGAGGAUUUAUGGUUGCAAAUAAAAAGAAAAUAUAUAUUUUCAAGCUUUGAAGGGUUUAAUGGUUGCUGAAGCCAUUUCUUAGAGGAAUAAGGAAUUUGGAUCCAUUAUGAACAUCACGACUGCUAGCCCCUUCCAGCAGACCUCUUCCUCUGGCUCCACACCCCUUCCCAUUAGCAUCUCUGCUCGCAUUGGCAUUGCCAUCCUGAUUCUGGCGUUCGUGCUGGGCUUCCCUGGGAACAUGUUUGUCAUUUGGUCGGUGCUCUGCAGGGUGAAGAAGCGCUCAGUGACGUGCCUGUUGGUGCUGAAUCUGGCUGUGGCUGAUGGCUUUGUGCUGCUCAGUGCCCCCUUGUUCCUUCGGUUCCUGGCAGGAGGGAAGGGCUGGGAGUUUGGCUCCGCUGCAUGUAAACUGGUGCAUUACCUGUCCAGUGUGAACAUGUAUGUGUCCAUUUACCUCAUUAGUCUGAUGAGCAUGGACCGCUGGCUGGCUGUUACUAAACCCUUUGUGUCCCAGAGAAUGAGAACCAAGCAGUCCCUGCUGUUUCUUCUGCUCGGUGUCUGGGUAUUGGCUUUUGUCCUGUCCAUACCAAUGGCUUUCUACCGCAGAUGUGUCUCCAAGGUGGCCUGUUUAUUCAAAAGCAAUGAUUCAGGAACCAGCUGCACUCCAAGUGCCCGGCCAAACGUCACAGCCUUCGCCUACUUCAGCAGUGCGGUCAACCCCAUUCUCUACGUUUUUGCCGGCAGCUCGCACAUUCGCCAAGCGGGGCUCAGCUUCAUGGGGAGGCUCUUCGAGGCCACCAACUCUGAGUCCAGAACCACGUCCACUUUCACCCGCAGUGGCCGCAGCGGCUCUUCACCAGACGAGAGCUCUGUCCUGCACACGCUGUCGAUUAAAAUUGGGAGACCUUUUAAAGGAAAGAGCAAUGAGAGAAGCUGCAGUGUGGCGGGGAAAGAGGCCAACGAGCCAGAGCUCAAAACUCUUGCCACUGUGGAACAGGUAGAAUAGCAUUAAUGCUGUUUUAAUGUAACACAAAGAGGAUAAUUGAUUUUUUUUAUUUCAAUUUUCAACAGUGAGCUUCGUUGUUUUAGGCUAAAACCAGGGGGAAAGGUUGCCUUAACGUCCUGAAACAGAUGAAAUUAUGAUAUAACUCAAUGAAACCCUCUUAACAACAGGAAUGAUGUAAAGGCAUUUUUGUGCUUCAGAAAUAGGACCUCAUUUUAACUUCAAACAAUGAUAACAGAAUAAUGUAUUUUUAUUUUACAUUUAAAAAAAAGGUAUUUUAACUGUUCACAUAAGAGCAGAAUUAUUUUACUAUUUUAAAAAAAUCUUUAUCCCAAAAACUUACAUAUUUAUUGACGACUCUUGUAAUUUGGAUAUUUAUCUUUUUUUAUCGAAAUA